AUGUCGCCGCUAUCAGCACCCAGUCAAAAAAUAAUUGUCGUCGGCAAGACCGGAAGUGGCAAAUCCACUCUAUGUAACAUGCUGGUCCAGGGCGACCUCUACACCAAAAAUAUCCGCGAGGUCAGUGACAGCGCUGCGGGUGUCUCUUACGACGUCCAAGUCGUUGACGGUCGCCACUGGACCGCCUGUGACACUGUCGAUUUAGGAGAGUUGUGCGGUCAGGGACUUGGAAUGGUGGACCCGGCAACGCAGCUCCUGGUCCGAGUUCUCAAGGAAGGCGAGUACGGAUUCCACUAUAUCGCCUUUGUGGUCCAAAAGAGCCGUCUCUCCACUCAGGAGAACGUCGAACUUUUUAAACUGUUUAAGGAAACUUUCGAUGGGACAGAGCGCAACUUUGUGCUCGUAAUCACACACUGCCACAGCAAGAACUGA